AUGUCAAAUCAGAUGGUAAAUAUGCAACCUUCUCCCAUGAGCGGAAUGAGUCGACAGGAUAUUAUUAGACAGCCUACAGAUAGAAGGACUUCAGACGAUAUAUCAGUAUUCAGCUUUACGGAAUCUGUAAAGUCCGGUGGAUGGUGUUGCUUCGGUAGCACCAGAACCAAGGAGAUAAUCGAUGGCGCUACUGCUCCAGGAAGCCAGAUCCAACCACCCAGGCUUCAUGCAUACAACGAAAACCCAUCCCCAUCGAUGUCUAUCCCGUCACCGGAUGGUGGGUACAACGAUUCUGCUUUUAGACCAUAUCAGUUUAUGCCUAAGAGCGGUUCACCGCAACAGCGAGUAGUCGACGAAGAAAAGAUGCGAAGCCAUCCGAAGACGUAG